GUGUUUGAACGGACAUCCAUUCACUCCACUGUUUCAAUCAUCUCUGUCUUCAUUGCAAUUAUUAUCAUUGAAUUGAACACUAAUUUAUUGCUAUUUAUAGUCAACACCUAAUAAUCGAUACAUAAUUGUUAUAUUCAUAAGACUCACGAAUCGCUUGUUUAUAACCAUUGAGAAUAUAUUCUCGAAAUUCUUGAUUUAUUCGGAAUAAGAAUUUUAUUUUAAUUGUUCCUUUCGUUUGGAUAUAUAUUCGUGGUUGAGAUAAAGAUGUCGAAAGUAAGUCAAGUGCGACAGAACUAUCACCAGGAGUCUGAAGCCGGCGUUAAUAAGCAGAUCAAUCUGGAACUGUACGCCUCCUAUGUCUACCAACAGAUGGCCUAUCACUUCAAUCGGGACGACGUGGCCCUCCCGGGGUUCCAGAAGUACUUCCAGGAGUCUUCAAACGAGGAGCGAGAACACGCCCAGAAGCUCAUGGACUUCCAGAACAAACGCGGCGGUCGUAUUGUCCUCCAAGACGUCACCAAACCGGCCAAAGAGGAGUGGAGCUCAGGGCUGGAGGCCAUGGAGGCGGCGCUCGAGCUCGAGAAGACUGUCAACCAGUCUCUGUUGGAUCUGCACGCCAUCGCCCAAAAACACAACGAUCCUCAGUUCCAGGACUUCUUGGAGACCCAUUAUCUGACAGAACAGGUGGACGCCAUCAAGAAGUUGGCCGAUUACGUGACUAACCUGAAACGAGUGGGUCCUGGUCUCGGGGAAUACAUGUUUGAUAAGGAGACUCUUCAGUAAAACACUUUAUACUACAGAAUGAGACAAUCGAUUGGUUGAUGAAUGAGUUUACAGGAAAUGAUGAAUUAUAUGAUUUUUGUAGAAAAAUAGUCUCUUUUUAUUUAUCUUAUUAUAGUAUUGAAAGUAUUAUUAAAAAUUAUUCCUACUCUUAAGACUUACAGA